CAAUGUUUCAGUAGUUAGUAAUGACACGGAGAAACAGGAGUGAAAUUGAAAGCCACCGAAUAUAAACGAAGGAGCCAAAGAGUGCUCCUAUACAAAAAAUAAAAACCAGCCCAUAAAAAGCAAGAAAAUUUUGUGAAAAGUUUUGUAAAAAUUUAUAAAAGUCAUAAGCAAAAGGAAAAUAUGAGUAAAUUGUGGAAAAAUGUCUAGAGUAGAGUCUUAAAAGUGCCUUUUUGUGUUGAGAGUGUGUGUGAAGUUUUUGAUAGGGCGUAUAUUUGAAGUAAGAAAUAAGAUGAAAAAACAACCCAAGGGUAGAAAAUGUUAGCAUAACAACCGUAAAACCGAAUUUGCAAUCAUAGUAAAACACAAGCAUACGCAUUAAAUGCAAAGAUUAUCGAAUAUUGACGGCGCUGCAGCUGCCAUUGCAGGCUUGUUGGCCGAUGGCAGUGUGAAGUUCAAGGAAUUCCUUUACAAAAUUUCAAUUGCACAAGACUGCGGUAGACAACAACACGACCACAACGACGGUGUGUAAAAAUCAAUAAUCCAGCAAGCACCUGCACACCCAACCUCCCUCCGCCGCUCGGCUAGAUUUUGGCAUUCGUUUGCUCCAUAGAGGAAAAUAAAAUAAAACCGACCGCCUCGCAAGGGGGUGCCGAAAGCAAAAGCUAGCGAGGGGCCGUCUGUCAUUUGGCCAAACAGGCAGACAGACCAACUGCCACAUGUGUAUGCGGGGAAAUGUGUGUAAAUGAAGAAAACAAAACAGAGACAAUCAAAAUAAGGAAACCACAACAGCAACAACAACGGCAACAACAAUUUCUAAUAAACAAAAGAGUGUAAUAUACUAUAAUCGGUUAAAUUGCGGAUUUCUGGGCUGCUACGCCUCAGUUAUUGCAUUGUUGUUGCUGCAACAUAGCUCUGCCACAGCUGAGAUAUUUGGACUGCACUGGGUUGUUAUGUGACCAGUCAAGUGUCAUUAUGACACAUGUGUCAUGCCCUCCAAAUGCUAAUGUGACUUAUGGGCCACCACUGAACAAAAGCCAAGAGCAAUAAUUAAGAAAAAAGUUCAAUAGCUACGUUGAACUCAUAACGUGGACCUGCUUCCCCCACCCCCGCUACACCGUUACCCAGUCGAUUUAAUUUGCGGAAUGAGUUGCAUAGAGACUGUUAACAUGUAAAGAGGACAGACCACACUGAGAGUUUGGCAAGCAUUCACAGCUGCUUCGCGCGCUCUCUCUCUCUCUCUCUCUAUCUCAGCCGGCCUCUCGCUGUUUGUCUCAACUUUCACCGUUAGUUGGUUUUAUUAUUGUGGAGAUUUUAACACCUCCACAUGCAAGGCAGGCAGCCAGCCAGGGGGCAACAACAAUAACUACAGCAAAAACGACUAGGAAAAAAAAUAAACAAAUGUCAAAAUGUUUUCUUCUUCACCACCACCGACCGCCAACAACGCAGAGACAUCACGCAUUAAAAGCUUUAUGGGCCGCACUCCGGCCAUUGGCAUAUUAAAAUCGAAAUUUCUAACAGUAUUGGGAAAUAGCAAUGAAUUGUUGAAUGGCAUUUCAUCAAAGCUCACUUUGAAUAUAAGUUCCAGCGAUUCGGACUAUUGUGAUGAUGAUGAUGAGGAAGUACCUAAAUAUGAUGAAUCCAUUGACUAUACCAAAAUCGAUUAUGAAUCUCGUCGGGUCAAGGCUAGGCGGGCACAUGAAGAAAUCAUAUCAGGGCGUUAUAGACAACCAAACUUAGCACCAAGACCUCGCUUAGAUGCCUUACGUAAUCGCAAACAAGAUAAAUCCCGAUCAUCUUCAUCCUCUUCGUCCUCAUCAUCGUCCACCUCAACGUCGUCACGUUCAUUCAAUGCCCAUGCUCAAGAUAGAUCGCAUGUCAGCAGCACCACAAGAUCAGAUUCCAUUGAGUCAAGGCACUCGGGUGGCUAUGAACGCAAAAGGGCCAUAGCCGGAGCUAGACGCAGUGAGCUGGAUGUGCAGCGAGAUCUUAUGAGACUUAACGAAAUGUCAAAAACACCCAAUGCAGCUGCUGCAUCAGCAGCUGGAGCACCCACACCCGUAGGCGAUAUUCACAUUCCCCAGCAGACAGCACCUCACAUUGAGGUCCAACCUCCGCACGAUCGUGAUCCCAGCAAAUCGUCGAUGGUCAAUAUGCCAGGGACAGCUUCAAGUCACUCCAUACGUGUGCCUCCGGUGAGGCGUAAAAAUUCCAACAGCAGUACUUUAACCAGUCUGCGUGAUGAUCUGGACUAUCAGGUCAGUCCCAGUGGAGAUUCAACGGACUGGCGCCAUUUCAUACGCUCUGAGUCGCAAAAUUCUGUGCCUUCAUGGGCCUCUUCCAUUAGCCUGGAUUGCCGCACUGGCGAGGAGCCCAUCAAAGAAUUUAUGAAACGUUUCAUUGAAACCGUUUUCACCAAUGCCAAUACCAUGGAUCUGGAAUUGAAGUCCGAGUUUGGUGCUAUGGCCCGCCUGGAAAUUGGCAGACAAUGGUUUGUGCGUUUUCUGCUGGUGCAAAGGAACAAAACGAAACGUGUCGAGGAGGCCACUUUCCAUUCACUGAUCCAGCAUUGUGCUAUUGUGCUCUUCGAAUGCGGAGAGUGUUCGGACUACGCCCCAGCCAUGAUCAUUAUGAAUUUGAGUUUUCUCUUUUAUCGAGAGAUUGAAGUUCCCGGUUGUGACCCUUAUCGAGAGUACUUGUGUACAUUCUUGCGAGAACAGCCCAUUUGGUUGUCGCUGAGAUUUUGGAAUGCUGCCUUCUUGGAAUGCAUGGAGUUGGAGAGAAACAAUCGUCUGCAAUCCAGGCAGAAGAAACAAGAACGCCGCAAAGCCAAGGAAAAGGCCAAGGAUGAGGCCACCAAACUCAAACCACCCAAUGCAGAGAUUAUGGACAAUGAAGAGAAGCCUUCCACAAAACAAGACAUUUCGGAUUCAAGUUCUUCGCAUCAUAGUCAAGGCCAUAAGACCAAAAAGGACAGAGCUCCCAAAACCGCUAAUGAAGCAGCUUUGGAUGUGGAUAAGGAAAUGGAGAAUAUAGCCUUUAGACAAUUGGCUACCUUCACCAGCAACAUACAUGCCUUGGGUGCCCCGCAAGAUUUGUGCUUGGAAUUCUUUAAGAAACAACAGUCCAGUGUGGGCUUGAGCAAGGAAAAAUCAAAACUUAUACGUGAUAAUGUGCAUCGUAUUUACUAUGAAACCGAAAUCUGGGGCUCCAAACAAUCCUGAAGUAUCCCCAGGACUUAAACACAGAGAAAAACUAAACCCAAAAAAUGCUUUAAGAGAUAAACCAAAGAAAAUCUCCUUUGAAAACUGAAACAUUUUCCUAGUUUAUUUUGUAAGAGUAGCUAAAUAAAUUAUUAACAACAACAACAACAACAACAACAAUUUGGAUAAAAAAAAGUGAAAAAUCAAAAGUUUAAAUUAAAUUUGUAGUUAAAAAUUAUUGUUAAAGAAAAUCAAAAACCAAACUUAAACCCCAAACUCAAAAGACGAGUAAAAUGAUAUUUUCUAAAAAUAAGAAACAAAAAAAAAACAUCAAAAGCAAAGACGAAACCAAGCAACACCAUAGCAUAGCAUUAAAAAACAAACAAAAAUAAUAAAGAAAGUAAAAUAAAUUACAAAUUUAAUAAAUAAAUUUUAAUUGUAUGUUUUUUAAAUUGUGAUAAAUUACUUUGUGAUUUCAAUGAAACAAAAACCAAACAAACAAAAAAAAAACUUAAUACAAAAAAAAAUAUUUAAUAUAAAUAGUUAAUUUUGUAUAACAAAAAUAAAAUAUAUAAAUCAAAAAAAGAAUUAUAAAAUUUAUAAUAAAAACAUGAUGAAACUAGUUCUUAUUCAAUUUCGAAUGAUAUUUAAAAUACAACUCUUUCUCUUUAUAAAACCAAAACACUCUUGUAUUUAACAAAUAAACAAAAAAAAAAACAACAACAACAAAAACAGCAGCAACAUUAAUAUACCUACUCUAUCUACUUAUACUAACAAAAACUUACACUACCACAAAAACAGAAAAACAAAAACAAAUCAACAUAAGCAUCAACUUUAAAUGUAUUUACAUUUGAAAUUGGUUUUGACAUUUGUAACGUCUUUUUAUCUAACUCAAAAUAAUGCCUCAUUAACAAUCCGUCAAGUGUGUGAAAAAACCCCUAAAAACUAAACAAAAAAUAUCAGAAAAAAGAUAAAGAAAAAAAAACACAGAAGAGAAAUAUCAUUAUUUUAUAAAUGCAAAUUUUAACUGAAAACCAAAGAAACAACAUCAAACAAAAGUUAACAAAACAACACCCUGUCUUUAUAACUAAA